CAAUGCCAUGCGCCAUGGAAGAUCCCCAAGAACGAUAUCUAAACAACUCGGAGACUUGCUCCUGGUGGCUUCUAUCACAAAAACUCUGUCCGAGUCCGGAACUCGGAACCUUGCCCUCGACCCGGCUCACACAUCUCAACUCACUGAGCCUAUCCUCCUCCGAAUCCUCUCUAAUCCAUCACUUCAUCCUUCAAAGAAACUUGAUUUCUUCCACUGGUGUCGUUCGCUCGCUCCACCCAAGUACGCGCACUCCGCCGCCGCCUACUCUCACAUCUUCCGCACCGUUUGCCGCGCCGGCUACCUCAACGAGGUACCGAAUCUCCUCCGCUCGAUGAGGGAAGAUGGCGUCGCUGCUGAUUCCCAAGCCUUCAAGCUUCUCCUCGAUUCUUUCAUUCGGUUGGGUAAGUUCGAUUCGGCGGUAGAAAUUUUAGACUGCAUGGAAGAACUUGGGGCUACCUUGAAUCCCCAAAUGUUCAACUCAGUUAUUAUUGCUUUGGUAAGAAAUAACCAGGUGCGUUUGGCUCUGUUUAUAUUUCUUAAGCUUCUGGAUGCUGAAUCCGAUGGUUGUGGUGACUUUGGUUCUGCACCUAGCUGCAUUGUAUGUAACGAAGUGUUGGCUGCUCUUAGAAAAGCAGACAUGAAGGUAGAAUUUAAAGUUUUUGAAAGACUGAGGAACAAGAAAGAGUUUAAAUUUGAUAUCUGGGGUUACAAUAUUUGUAUUUAUGCUUUUGGGUGUUGGGGUGAUCUGAGUACUUUAAGUCUCUUCAAAGAGAUGAGGGAACGAGAAUCUGAUGGAUCUGGAAGUUCAGUUGGGCCUGAUUUGUGCACCUAUAAUAGUUUAAUCAGUGUGCUCUGUAAGGUUGGGAAGGUCAAUGAUGCACUCAUGGUAUGGGAGGAGCUUAAAGGGUCUGGUCAUGAACCUGAUGAAUUCACUUACAGAAUCCUUAUCCAAGGUUGUUCCAAGACUUGUAGAAUAGAUAACGCAACUAAGAUAUUUUACGAAAUGCAGAAUGAUGGAUUUCAAAUGGAUACAGUUGUUUAUAAUUCUCUACUAAAUGGACUUUUGAAGGCUAGAAAAGUUACAGAAGCUUGCCAGCUUUUUGAGAAAAUGGUUGAAGAUGGCGUAAAAGCCUCAUGCUGGACAUAUAACAUUUUGAUCGAUGGAUUAUUUAAGAAUGGAAGGCCAGAGGCUGCUUAUACUUUAUUUUGUGACCUGAAAAAGAAAGGCCAAUUUGUUGAUGGAAUUACUUACAGCAUAAUUGUGCUGCAACUUUGUAAGGAGGGUCUACUUGAGGAGGCACUCCAACUGGUGGAGGAAAUGGAAAGCAGGGGUUUUGUUGUUGACUUGGUCACCAUAACUUCACUCUUGAUUGGCAUCCAUAAACAUGGCCGUUGGGACUGGACAGACCAGCUUCUAAAGCAUGUAAAAGAGGGUGAUCUGGUGUAUAAUGUUCUCAAGUGGAAAGCUGGAAUGGAGGCUUCUAUGAAGAGCGACAAGAGUAAGAAAAAGGAUUAUACUCCAUUGUUCCCUUCCAAAGGAGAUUUUGAGGAGAUGAUGAUGAACCUUAUGACUUCUGAUAGUACCCACCUUGAUUCAGAUGCUGAUACAACUAAAGCUGAGGGAUUGAUUUCAUCCUUUGAAACUGAUGAGUGGUCUUCAUCACCCUACAUGGAUAGAUUGGCCAAUCAAGUGGAAUCUAAUGGCUAUUCCCCUAAACUGUUUUCUCCUACUCCAGCGCAACGAGUUCAAGAAAAAGGUUCAGAUUCUUUUGAUAUUGAUAUGGUGAAUACUUUCUUGUCUAUUUUUCUGGCUAAGGGGAAAUUGAACUUGGCUUGCAAGCUGUUUGAAAUUUUCACUGACAUGGGUGUGAAUCCUGUGAGUUAUACAUAUAACUCUAUAAUGAGCUCAUUUGUGAAAAAGGGCUACUUCACUGAGGCUUGGGCUGUUCUCAAUGAAAUGGGGGAGAAGGUUUGCCCGGCUGACAUAGCAACAUACAAUGUGAUAAUACAAGGUUUAGGAAAGAUGGGAAGAGCAGACCUAGCCAGCUCUGUUCUUGAUAGGCUACUGAAGCAGGGGGGUUAUCUUGAUAUUGUCAUGUAUAACACCCUCAUCAAUGCACUGGGGAAAGCAGGCCGUAUUGAGGAAGUGAACAAACUCUUUGAGCAAAUGAAGAAUAGCGGGAUAAAUCCUGAUGUUGUGACUUAUAAUACAUUAAUUGAAGUUCACAGCAAGGCAGGUCGAUUGAAGGAUGCUUAUAAAUUCUUAAGAAUGAUGUUGGAUGCUGGAUGCACGCCUAACCACGUUACGGAUACAACGUUAGAUUUUCUUGGGAAGGAGAUUGAUAAAUUGAGAUACCAAAAGGCCUCAAUUUUGAGUGAAAAGGAUGAUUCUUCUUGAGGGUUUGAAGCCUGGUGUAACUAACUAAACUUCAGAGAAUAUAAUUCCGUAAGUUUCAUGAAA